AUGGAGUUCCCUUGUACGCCGCAAGACUCUGGACACCAUUCACCGUCUGAUGACAUGGAUAAUCGGACUUCUCUUUGGCUCGAGCGCAAGAGGGUGAUUGAUCGGAAAGCACAGAAACUCAGUCGUGUGCGGGCAAAGGCUUAUGUGGAUUACCUUGAGAAGACGAUUGAGCGCAUGUCGGCGGGUCCUAACGGCAAUAGUUCUGGCACCCUCGCGCGCCAACUCAAGGAGCAAUACGAACAGAUUGAAAGGUUGCAAGAUAUCAUCCACAACACUGGCCAGCUGAGUAAAGGGGUGGUUAGCAUGCGUCAUUCGUCAGUCGGAGAUACCAAAGAACCAGCAAAACCCCCAAACAGCAUCUCGGGCGCUUCAGGUUCAUUGUCCCGUCCAGAGCAAGAUGAAGAAGAACCCCCUCCAACGUCCAAGCGAUCCGCUGCUCUGGACUAUGCAGGCAGAAGAGCCGUGGUAAGACUUAUUCUUUCCAUGGUCUAUCUCGUCCUUGACUUGGCAUUACUAUUCGGAUCUGAUGCUCACAGAAUGCACACGGCGCGAGCGGAUUCUUAUUUCUCCCCGACACAAGAGAUCGAUCUGUUGGAUAUCCUUGAUAAUGACGUCGGAAUCGAGCUCGUUCAACUCGGAAUUCUCAUGGGCUUCCACCUGCAGAGUACGGAGCGAUUCUCUAAAUGCUGGAAUAUCACUGGUCAACCAAAUGUGUAUAUAUACUGGCAGUCUGGCAGGACCAGUUGCCAAACAGACAGAACACUCAACACCAAUCAAUGUACACCCAGCCUACGAGGAUUUAGUCGGCCACAAUUUGAUUACAACGAUUUUUAG